AUGGUGGCUUAUUUCAGUAACAUGGAUGUCAUCAAUGUCACUGCCUUGCCAAUGGUACCAGUGGAUGAGUACCUGACUGUAUCUCUCAAUGCACAGAACAAGGUGAAGAAUGCUGUGAGGAAGACCCUGGAGGACAAUCCACCCUCCUGCCUUAUUGGCUCCAUACACCAGGUGAAUCAAAUGAUUGGCGAGCUAGAUCUGAGUCCCAACAGCCUGGCAAUUGAGAGAUUUGAGCUGGAAAAGAAGGCUUUGAGAGAGAAAAGUCGCGGCGGCUUGAGAGACAGAGACAAGACUCAAAGCAAAUCACAGUAUACGUGCAGAGGCUCAGAAUCCAGGAAUGUCAAAUCUUUCGUUAGUAGAAGGAAAAUAGCCCAUAAAAAUAUGCUGGCAGAGCUGUACCAGUACCCACAAUUUAACAGCGCUGUGCCAAACAGGCUUCCAAACGGGGUGAACUUCUGUGACAUGGUGGGCAAUGUGGUCCGGGCUGAGAGAAACCGCCUGAGUGGCAAGUCUUUCUGUUCAGAUAAAGAAUUAGAGAAAUUCCUCUCUUCUCCUUCUCCAAGAGCCAUGUGGUUGGAUAGCUUCUGGUGGAUCUUUCAUGAGAGGUACCAGCCAAACAAGGAGGUCCAGAAUAAGCUGUUUGACCGGAUAUCCCAAAACUACGCCUCUCUCUUGCUGCAUGAAUUCAAGUCCCACUAUGAAGAGGCUCUCUUAAAAAGGUUGCCAUCGCUUCUAAGUAAAGCCGUGUACACCAGCUUCUGUUGCUGUUUCCCGCAGUCCUGGUUCAACACGCAUGAAUUCAAAUCAGACAUCUGUAACACAAUGAGCCUGUGGAUUUCAGGUAUCUACCCUUGCCUGCAGAGCUAUAACAGCUGGGACUAUUCAGAACUGGAUCCAGAGAGAUUCCGGAGAGAAAAAAUAAUUCUUCAGAGAAGAUUGUUAAAGAAAAGAGAGUUCUCUUUGUUCACUUCUAAGAGAUGUAUCUCCCAGAUGUCUAUCCAGAACAAGAAAAUCCAUUGCCUUAAGUCUCCUGGUAUAAGUUCAACCACUGAGAAAGACUCUUUGGCCAAGAAGAGUUUACCAGAUAGCUCACAAACACAGAAUGUCACCAAAGAGUAUCACGGUCAGACUCUGGUGUUCAGGAAAGCUGCAAAACAAGUCAAGAGGAUAUCACAAGCAAGAGAAUAUGAGAAUAUGCUUCCCAAGCAGUCUUACCCAGCCUGCAAAAGCCCUGAGCUGACUUCAAACUUCUUCAACAUUUAUGGGAAGAGCCCUCUGAUUGUGCACUUCCUCCAGAACUACGCCAGUCUACAGCAGCAUGGCAAAGACGUGUUGAUAGUCAGGAGGGAAAAAACCAAGAGCAUCCCUGAGUCUGUCCUGACCUAUGCCGAGGUCAUCGACCUGACCCUGAGUAACAUGAAGAAGCGGAAGGAAAACUUCCACCAACUGAACCGACUCCACUGGAAUGAAUGGAAAUAUUUUGAUGAGUACCUAAAGGGACUGCAAGAAAACUUCCUCAGGGAGGUGAAGAACGUUGAUCAAAGAGCAUUAGAAAAAAAGAAGGCAAACCACAUGUUCAUCCAACCUUCAACCUUCCUUGAGGAAUCCUUUGACAAGAAACCUAGAGGAAGGAAAGGAGGAGAGGGAAAGAGAAGCAAGACAGAAGUUGGACUGGUCUCCCCUUUCACUCUCAGGCACUGA